GAGCUGUAAACAUUUAAUCCUGAAAAAAAAAACUAUUCUGCAUUCAUAUUUUCUUAUUUAUCUAAUUGGGUCGAGUGAAUCUUGGCACAGCAUUUUAUUUUUUUUUGAAAAGCUAUUUAAUACAACGAAAAGAUGUUUUCUUUCUUUCUUUUUUUACGGAGCAAAUAGGUACGACACCAUGUUGGCUCGCGUGGGUGCCAUGACAACAGCGAUUCUCGGCUCUGCAGUGUUCUGGGGGCAGCGUAAAAACACUGAGCCUGAACAGGCAAACUUGGAUUUGACCAAUACUCCUAGUUCUAAACAGUCCUCAUCUCAGUAUGAGCUGAAACUUGUUCAGGUGUUGUUUAGACAUGGUGCAAGAACACCACUGAAAUCUAUACCAGAUGUUUUGGAGGCACACUGGGUUCCUGAGCUUCUGCAGGUUCCAGAUCACACCAAGAUCGAUUAUGUAGUUACAGACCUACAGGGAGGCCCAAGACCACCUUCUCCUGUGGAGCAAAGCUACAGAGCUAAAACACUGGCGGGUGGCACAUACCCGGGUCAGCUGACCACAGUGGGCAUGCAACAGAUGUAUGAUCUCGGACUAAGGCUAAGGAGGAGGUACAUUCAGGACAUGACCUUCCUUAGCCCAAACUUCAACAGUAAAGAAGUUUUAAUCCGGUCAACCAACAUCGUCCGCACCAUCGAGUCAGCCAAGUGUCUGGUAGCGGGCUUGUUCCAGCAACAACAAACUGAAACUGUCCCCAUCCUCACAGAAGAAGCAAAAAAAGAGAUCCUAUACCCAAACUACCAUGGAUGCAAACUUCUCAAGAUGCUCAGCGGGUCUCGUUGGGCAGAAUCAUCCACAUUGCCUGAUAUUGCUUCUGAUCUACGGAGCAUUCAGAGCGUGUUGGGGGUCAAGCCUCAUCAACGUCUUGACUUCAUCCUCAUAAGAGAUGACAUGGUGGCCAGAGAGGCUCACAGACUACCGUCCCCUGCAGCUCUGGAGAGCUGGAGAGCUAAAGUAGAGCAGAGAGCUAUAGAUAUGAUCUGGCACAUCUAUGAGCCCAGUAACAGUGAGAAUCUACAGCUGUGUGUGGGUCCGGUGCUUCACACUCUUCUCACUAACAUGGAGAAGAAGGUUCAGGGUAAUACCUCAGAUUUAGACAGGAAGCUGUUUCUGUACUCUGUACAUGAUACUACGCUAAUGCCGUGCCUGAUGGCAUUGGGUGUGUUUGAUAUGAGAUGGCCUCCGUAUGCUGCUGACAUCACACUUGAGCUGUACCAACACCGGCAAAACAAGCAGCAUUACGUCAAAGUAUCCUACAUCGGUCAGGAUCAGAAGAUCCCUGGCUGUAGUGAUAUCUACUGUCCUCUGAGAGAGUUUAAGCAGGCUAUGUCCAUGUACGCACUGCCCGAAGAGAGAUACCACACCCUCUGCAACCCAGAUACCACUACCUCACACCUUUGAAAACACACACACACACACACCCAGAGAGGUUCACGAGAAGCAGGUUCAGCUUAUUUCUUAUUUACUAUUCAUUACUCGUUUUAUAUAGUUUUUAGAUUUUUUUAAACAUUUUUGUUUAUCACUGUCUCGUUCAUGAACCUCAGCAUUUACACACCAAAUGGUCAACAAAUAAAAAUUGCAUCCUGUACUUAUUUGCAGUUAUACAAGUACGAAGUUUCUAAUCAUAUCGUCAGUCACAUAUCACCAGAACACAAAUCAUGCGGUAUGCAAGAUAUUAUGUAAGCAUACUCAAAUUCAGAACGAAGCAUCAGACAAAAAGGGAAAUGGCCCUGAAAAGUGGUUGUUUAUUUAUUAUAAAGUAAUCAGUAAUGUAUCACUCGGGGUCCAGUAUUACAUUGGUUUAUUUGUGCUCUUUGGAUUUGAGUGUGUGCUUAUUUCCCCCUCUGUGGGGUAUCUUACUGUACUUCUAGCAUAUAGACGACGUGAAAGUAUUUGGUUUCACCUGUUUUUGCGGAUAACGUAUUUGGUUUCACCUGUUUUUGCGGAUUUAAAUGAACUUUACUUUUUUAUUAGUAAAUAUUAUAAGUAUGCUCAGUCGUGGUGUUAAAGCUUAAAAUAAAUUACUGAGUAGUUGUAA